AUGAGAGUAGAGAAUUUGCUUUGUGCCACAGCUCGUAGUCGCUCGCUGUAUAGCGUCUGGCGACUUUUUCGCUCCAUAUGCGUGGCUUCCGGCCUCGGCCACAUGUCUCGCAUUUGUAUUCCGUUAUUAUUAGACAUAUGUGCCCACGGCAAACACAAACGGAACGUCUUGGUCCUAUGUAUCAUCAUGCCGUUCUUUUCGCUUACUGACGCUGCUGCCGGCGACGUCAGUGUUGCUGGCGUACAGCUUCGUUUCAACCUCAUUUGCCUCAUAGCGACUUAUUGCCUGCGCCUACCGACCUGUGGUACCGGUUUCGGUACCUCAAAAACCGUUUGGGCCGGAUCUCAGUCCAAGCGAGUGCGUUAA